UUUUUUUUUCUGUUGUUGUUUAAAAAAAAAAGAAUGAAGGAAGAAGAAGAGUUAGAAAUGCUACUAGGCGAGAUCUCACACGCCACGUCAUCAUCAUUACAUCACCACCACCAUCUUCAAAAUCACUGCAGCCACGUCGAUCAUGCUUACAUCCACGGCGGCGGCGGCGGCCAUGCAUCGUGCGUGGCCGCCCAGAGAAACAACCGCCAUGGAUGGUGCGACGGUAAUAACAACACGACGACGAUCCACCCUCUUAUGUACGACGACGACUGCUUCAACCCCCACCACCACCACAAGUACGCCGCCGCAUCUUCCCCUGUAAGCGGCUUCUCACUCCACUCCGACGGCUCCUCCUCCAGCCUCUUCUCCAGCGGCGGCGGCGGCGGAUCCCCUCCUUCCCCUCAGUUCGAAGAUUUCAAACCACCACCAGCACCACACUUCCCCCACAACAAUGGAUUCUCUCUCGAUUUCAACAACAACGAUUUCUCCGAUUAUCUCGAUUUAUCCCGAAAUUUCAGCAAAAUGCACAUCGCCGCCACCGAGCAAAGGGGCAUUCCGAUUUCCCCAUACGGCGUCCAUCACGAAGCACCCGAUAAUUACCGAAAUCGGUAUCCCGAUUUCGGCGUCCUCAACAACAAUCCCUCUGUUCCAAGAAAACCGAUCCCGAAUCUCGAAAGCCUUCGAUUCCUCCCAAAUCAACCCGAAUUCGAAACGCCUUCUUUAAUGAGUUCUCGAUUUUACGGAGACGAUAUAAUGGGACUAUCCUCCUUAAUCAACAACAAUCCCUCCAUUAGUAGUGAUAGUCUAUUCUACCCUCCGAGAAACGGGCUUCUUACACUCCCGACUCGUUACAAUGAAGAAAAUUUUAUUCAUUACGAACGAAACAAAGCCCCGUUAAACGAGGAUAGUUUCAUCGUCCACGGUGAAAGUAUCGAUCAACGUUUUCGAGGGCGUAAUAGUAAUAGUAACACCCGUUCGGGCAAGAAUAGAGCGAACCACGUGGGGCCCGCGGUUCCGACGAUGAAUAUUUCGGAUUCGAAGUUCAGUUCGCUUGCAGCUGCGCGGGGGAAUAUAUACCACAUAGCGAAAGAUCAACACGGAUGCAGAUUCUUGCAGAGGGUGUUCGAGGAAGGGACUUUGUUGGAUGUGUAUAUUAUAUUCGUUGAGAUAAUCGGUCACGCCGUCGAAUUGAUGAUGAACCCGUUCGGAAAUUAUUUAAUGCAGAAAUUGUUGGACGUUUGCAGCGAAGAGCAGAGGAUGGAUGUGCUGUUUAUGGCGACAAACGAUCUCGUUAGAAUCUCAUUGAAUACGCAUGGGACACGAGUAGUGCAGAAGUUGAUCGAGACCGUUAAAACGAAGCAGCAAAUUUCGCUGAUUAUUGCAGCGCUCGAACCGGGGUUUCUCGAACUCGUCAAAGAUUCUAAUGGGAAUCAUGUUAUUAAGAGGUGCUUGCAAUGCUUUCCGCACGAGGAUAGGAAGUUCAUUUUCGUUGAUGCUGCUAAGUACUGUGUUGAAAUGGCAACACAUCAGUAUGGAUGCUGUGUUCUUCAACGUUGCAUCAGCAACUCAACUGGGGCCCACCUCCAAAAUUUGGUCUCCGAAAUUUCCGCAAACGCCCUUCUACUCGCUCAAGAUGCUUAUGGAAACUACGCGGUGCAAUAUCUAUUGGAGCUUAAAAUCCCGAGUGCAAUAUCGAAGAUCACAUCUCAGUUCGAGGGCAAUUACGUCCAUCUCUCCACGCAAAAAUUCAGCAGCCACGUCGUUGAAACGUGUCUCACCGUAUGUAACGAAGAAAUGCGUUCAAAAAUCAUCCGCGAAUUGCUCUCCGCUUCUUACUUUGAUCAGCUGCUUCAAGAUCCCCAUGCAAAUUACGUUGUCCAAAAAGCCCUCCGUUUUUCUCAGGGGCGGCUCCAUAAUUGUUUGGUUCAUGCAAUCGAGUCGUACAAGGUGAUGUCGAGGAAUAGUCCUUACUCGAAGCGGUUUUACUCUCACAAGCUUUUGAAGAGGUGAUAAAUAAAUUGAGUUAAAUGUUGUUGGUUUUCUUUUUGCCGACUCUAUAAACGGAAACUUGUUGUUGUCGAUUCAUCGUUUUCUCGGUGAAUCGUAUUUUAUUUUUAUUUUUCUUUUUGGGCAUUUGGAUGCAAAAUAUCUUUGUUGCUACUGCUUUUCUCUUUUUUUGGCUCAUAUGAAGAGUGUAUAAAAUAGGCACAAGAUUGUGCUUUCUCGGUCUUGAGAAACUUAUAAAGAUGCAGU